UGGGAUGGAGUUCAUUAUGCGCCUGGCUCGGCUAUGAUGGGCUCACGUAGGUGUGAAUAUUGUUACUGCAUAUCUGGUGAGCGUAGAUGCGUCAGACCAAAGUGUCUAUUGCCAUUACGGGGAUGCACGCCACUUUACGCCCCCUACUCCUGUUGUCCAGUUGCAUAUAAUUGUACUCAUUCACUGCAACAUUCGAUUUCACUAUCGGCAAAUGGUUGUAAAAUUGGUAAUCGUUGUUAUGAAGAGGGAGAAAUGGUACGUGACAUUGAAUGGAAGACAAUGUGUGAAAAUUGCUUUUGCGCUAUGGGCGGUAUUCGGUGUGUUCCACUUGCAUGCGCACCACCUCUGCAGGGAUGCACACCCAUAGUACGUGAAGGACAAUGCUGUCCAUCGACCUACAAUUGCAGUGGAAGCAUUGCCGUAAAAUCAAGGCAAAAUUUCGCUUCGUACGCAUUUAUUAGCAAAGAUUACGCCAAAUUUCGUAAAGAGACCAAUUUUCUACUACCGAGUGAGCCCCGAUACUCAACUAUUGAGGGCAGAUCACACCGUGAAAAUGACGAUUUACGUACAACUCAAGAACCCCUCGAGGAUGACUCAACGAUAUCUGUCCUCGAGGUAACAUCGUCCACAGUCACUUAUGAGACUGAGACGAUGGAUAACGAGAUUCCCACUGAGAGCAUGGAUUAUCCCAAGUCAACCGCGUCAGCAGAGAGCAUCACCCAAUCUUGGACAAGCAGUGAUGAAGCUAUCGAGACAUCUAGUACCAUUGAAAUCUCAACUGGCUCUAGUAACACGACUAUUGAUUAUCGAUUGACGACUGUCAUUGAUUACACUGCGAUGAACGAGGAUGCGUCUGAUGCGGCUGUGAGAGCUGAAAGUUUAUCCUCAGAAUUCGUUGUAAAAGAUGACAAUGACACUCUUGAAGUGAAAACAAAAUCAAGAGAAAAGAUGGAGAACAUUGAGGGAAAUGUAACUACCGAAUAUCCGGAGAUACUUUUUCAAACAACUUUUGGCCAAGUUAGGGAGAAAGUUAGAGGAGAUGUCAAAGGAACUGUAGUGAUGCCUGGAGAUAUUCUCGUUAUGAAUGUCACGCUGAAGACUAAUGUCUCGGUGGAAAUGGUACAGAAAAUUACAGGAAAUCCGGUGAGGCCUUUGCCACCUGAUAUCGAGAGAAUCGUCAACAUUACAGAUAGAAAGAAGGGGCAGGAUUACGAGGAGUAUGAUUACAGUGAACCUACACUGCCCCCUUCUUUACCGAAUGUCAGAAUCAUUCCAUUUGUCGCAGCAGACGCUCUUGUGAAAGAUAAAGAAUCAACAUCACCAGUAACAGCUUAUCCCUUGGGCUCAGUAGGCGUUCCACCAGAGCUAAGACCAAGUGACGUGUCCGUCGUUGGUAGUCCUGGCAAUUUCUACGACAUAGUUACCCAGGAGAAUCGUUUCAGUCCACCAGUAGAAACCGAAGGGGGAUUUGUGCCAAGAGAGCCAUCGUAUUUUGAGAGUCCAUAUCACUCGACAGAUUUGAAUCUUGAAAUUGGCACUGGGGUCACAGUUUUUCCGGCUGACAUUACGAAUCCUCAUCGAAAAAAUGAUGGUGGGUAUUGCCUUUUAGAGGGACGCCCGUAUCAUCAUGGCGAAUUAUUACCCAGCAGUGGCCAUUGUAUCAUUUGCAUCUGUUACUAUGGAGAAGUUUCCUGCUCUGAUGAAAAAUGUUCACCAGUCAAAUUCGGGUGUCAGAGAAUUCCGGACGAUAUCAAAUGCUGCGGCAAAAUUGUUUGCCCGAAUGCAGAAGAAUCUCCUACAGUGGUAUUGGACAGAGAUGAUCUAAAAUCCCCUCUGAAUAUAGAGCCAACUUCCUUCGAUCCCUUCCGGGAUGUGAUUCGCACCGAACCAGCCCCAGAUUUGCCUUCCCUCAUCGAAGAUAUGAUUCCCUAUCUCGAGCACAGAAUAACCACUCCUGCCACCACUCCCCUCUCUUUUGAGCCCCAAAUGUCUCUGGUGAAGCCAAACUUUAAGGACAAAGUUGUGAAUAAAUUUGAGGAUGUAGUCAUCACAACUGAAGAUCCAAAAAAUUCAAUACAAACAUUGCUCCCUGCUACUGAUGAAAAAACUAUAAAAGUUGUCAACAAUUCUUGGACGAAUUAUAACGAAGAAGCUGUAUUUUCAUUCGAUUCUAUGCUAGAUUUGCUGUUCUCUGAUAGCACUGUACCUCCAAAACUCAGUAAUACGACAAUCUCUACGAGCGCUGACAUUUCAAUAGCCGAAAAUAAUUCAUCCUCAUGGAAAAAAAAUCAAGUAUCGACAGAGAAAAUAUUUGUCGCUGAGGAGGAAAUAUUUUUAAAUGACACCACUGGCCUUUCAAAAGAAUUUUCAGAUGAUGGAUUAAAAAUGGCGAUGAUAUCGGAAAGCAUAACAUUGAAAAGUUCAACAGGCUUGGAUGAGAGUACAACUGGAGAGGAUAAAGAUGAGAAGGAAAAUGUGCCUAUCGGUGGGUUAUUGAAACUCGCUGGAUGCAAUAUCUAUGGGCGCAUGUAUAGAGUUGGUAGGAUAAUUGUGGAGCUCUCGACGCCGUGCCUCGAGUGCCGUUGCACUGAUCUUGGGGUGCAGUGUAAACAGCUCGAGUGUUGAGAUGAAUUAAUGACAAGUUAUAAUUGAAUUAUGAGGCGGACAUGAGUGAAUAAUCAAUAGUGACUUUAUUUAUUAUCAUGAUGACACAAUCAUUCUAAUCGCAUAUAUAGACUGAUUUUUAACCAAUUAAUUUUAAGACAAUUAUUACGAUAAUGGUGAAUUUUUUAUGAGGUAGCAAUUGUUUUUUUUUUAUCGGGUUUGGAGGCCCUGAUGUGCUUUUACAUUGGAAGAUUCUCAGUAAUCUAGAAUGGCAAAAUUCUAACAUCAUCCCUGAUCCUGGUAAAUUCAGUAUAUAAAUAUAUUUAUAUAUCUAUAUAAAUAACAAUAUAUGACAAUAGCAGUAUAUAUAGUUUUAGCGACGCAAAGUUUGCCA